AUGUCGGGCAGAGAAGGUGGUAAAAAGAAGCCCUUAAAGCAAGCUAAGAAGCAGUCCAAGGAAGUCGAUGAGGAUGAUGCAGCAUUCAAGCAGAAACAAAAGGAAGAGCAGAAAAAGCUUGAUGAACUGAAAACGAAGGCGUCCCAGAAGGGGCCACUCACUGGUGGCGGAAUCAAGAAAUCUGGCAAGAAAUGA